CCAGCAUUACCUUGUGGUUUCAUUACAUCCGGCCAGCCCCACAUUAACCACCAUCUGCCUCAGCUACUUGAAAUCUACAUUGGCGAUUUAGGAAAACGGGCGUGCUGCAUCGUGAAGCACCAGUACUUGGCAGAAGGCUACAUUUUCAGGAUGAAGACCUCGUGGAUCUUCUGUGGCACCUUGACAAUCUUUUGGGGAGCUGCCCUUACAGCAGCCUUUUACGGACUGGACCAAGAUGAAGAGACGGUUCUGGUUGACAACAAGUGUCAGUGCGUAAAAGUGACCUCAAAAUUUGUACCGUCUAAAGACAAUCCUCAAGAGGAAGUCUUGGAGAGAAACAUUCGCAUUCUAGUUCCUCUCACAGCCAGGGAGAACAUUUCUGACCCCACUUCACCCGUGAGAACCAAGUUUGUCUACAGACUCUCAAAGCUCUGUGACAAAUGCAGUUCAGAUGCCAACCUGGAGGAUCAUCUGGGAGUUACUGUUGGGCAGAGCAAUCUAUGCAAUGACCCGGAGCAACCCUGUUACACCUACGACCGGAACAAGUGCUACACAAGUCCAUGCCUGCUCACCAAUGGUGCAAAAACAGAGACUGUUGUUGAGACAGCCUUGACUCCUGACUCCUGCUAUGCUAACUAGACAAGAGCUGUGUCAUAAUAUAAGGUCUUAUGGGACAGAUCUAAACUACAUAAAUAUAUGUUGCUUCCUAUACCUGUUCUGGCAAAAAAACCCUUAAACAAUCCUGUGAAAUUUAGUUUGGUUGAAGUGCUGAGAAUUUAUCAUUAGAAACUCCAAAUCCAGAACAGAGACAUCACUUUCCCAGGGAUGGCGAGAUUUUUACGGGAGCUAUUCGGGGUGCUGAAAUCCUUAGUUCAGCUCCAACGGUUUGCGGAUAGGAUUCAGCACUUUGGAUAAUGCCUGUAAAGUUCAGAAGAAAACCCAGAGCAGAUCCAUUGUCUCUGCAAAACCAGAGCCAUCUCUACUGCUUCACUGAGGUGCAAAUAUCUUGGGUGAAUGAAUCAGCCAUUUUAAUCCGUCAGGGUAGACCUGCCUAUGUAUUGACUUCUGGGCUUUAAAUGUUAAAACCCCCAACUGUGCUUUAUCUGCAUCAGCAGAAUGAUCUUCUCUUAUGCCUUCCCCCCUGUAAUUUCUUUCUCUUUCUAAAAAUUUCAUUUUCUUUCUUCUCUGCAUUAUUUACAGCAUUUCUUCAAUAAAAAUAUCUCUCAUGA